GUCAGUAAGGUGUUGAGUGCCUAAAAGGGUGUAAAGUUAAGUGUUUAUGUUCUGCUAGGCAUUUUGUUAGGUUUUUCUGAAUACUAUUUAUUUUUCACUAUAAGCGAGUCAGGCAAGAUAGCAUCUCUCCAAGGCUUAGAAAUCAUUUACCUUUUGACUCUGAGACCCUGGAGCCACACUUAGUUAUUAGGUUAAACCACAGUUUUCACUCUUAUCCAGGUUAGUUCGGAAAAACUUGUUUUUGCAGAACAAUACCUAGAGCAGUUAGAACAGUUAUGAGAAGAAUUUGGAAUCUCUUGGCUAAUCUUAUAUAUUUUCUUUCCUUGGUCAUGAAAUUGACCCCAUAAUUGGCCAAGUGAUUAAUAAAAUAAUCGUGAGUUGAUGAUACAGGCAAGAUAAUUCUGAUUCUUUUAGUUGUUUUCCCUUCGUUUAUGGUCGUUACUUAAAGAGCAUACGGGGAGAAAGGGACAUUUGUUGGCUGUGGUCAACUGUAGUGUUCCCAGAGCUUAGAAGAGUGUCUCAGGUUAGUACAUGAAGUCACUUUUUCUGUUUGGGGUGAGCUUUGGCUGAUCUUUGUAUGUUCGGCAAACUUAUGACGAGUCUUAGAGCAUUUGCCUCUCUUACAACAUCCCACUGGUUUGGGUACCCUCGCUCUAACGUGAUCCUUCAGGAGGAAGACUCUGUCUUGCACUUUUUAUAGUUCUUACAACACCUGAGAGUAUUUGAACACAAUAGCGGUUCUAGGAAUGAAUGUUUGUGUCUAACUGGAGUUUCUAACGAGAUCUGAUGAGCCUAACUUCUAUGGCAGAUGAACCGGACAAAGGGUGAUGAGGAGGAAUAUUGGAACAGCUCCAAGUUCAAAGCUUUCACUUUUGAUGAUGAAGAUGAUGAGCUCUCACAGUUAAAAGAAUCCAAACGGGCAGUGAAUAGCCUUCGAGACUUCGUGGAUGACGACGAUGACGAUGACCUGGAGCGAGUCAGCUGGACUGGAGAACCUGUGGGAAGUAUCUCAUGGUCCAUCAAAGAGACUGCUGGGAACAGCGGGUCAACCCCUGAAGGACGGGAACAGCUAAAGGGCCGGAACAGCUUCUACACACAACUCCCCAAACCUACUUCUACCUACUCCCUGAGCAGCUUCUUUAAAGGCAGAACGAGACUUGGGAGUUUCCAGUCCCUUUCUGAUGCUCUGUCAGACACACCUGCCAAAAGUUAUGCUCCAGAGCUGGGGAGGCCUAAAGGGGAGUACAGGGAUUACAGCAACGACUGGAGCCCCAGUGACACAGUGCGACGCCUCCGCCGGGGCAAGGUCUGCUCACUAGAACGAUUCCGCUCCCUACAGGACAAGCUGCAGCUCCUAGAGGAAGCUGUCAGCAUGCAUGAUGGAAACGUCAUCACUGCAGUUCUGAUCUUCCUGAAGAGGACCCUAAGCAAAGAGAUCCUCUUCCGAGAGCUGGAGGUACGCCAGGUCGCCCUGAGACAUCUCAUUCAUUUCCUUAAAGAAAUAGGGGACCAAAAGCUGCUUUUGGAUCUCUUCAGGUUCCUAGAUAGAACAGAAGAGCUGGCGCUAACCCAUUAUCGAGAGCAUUUAAACAUUCAGGACCCUGAAAAACGAAAAGAAUUUCUUAAGACUUGCAUUGGUUUGCCAUUUUCAGCAGAAGACUCUGCGCACAUACAGGACCACUACACGCUCCUGGAACGCCAGAUCAUCAUUGAGGUGAACGAUCGACAUCUAGAGUCUGCGGGGCAGACUGAGAUCUUCCGGAAGCACCCCCGUAAGGCUUCCAUUCUCAACAUGCCACUGGUGACGACGCUCUUCUACGCCUGCUUCUAUCACUACACGGAGUCCGAGGGGACCUUCAGCAGUCCCAUCAACCUGAAGAAGACAUUCAAGAUCCCAGAUAAACAGUAUGUGCUAACAGCCUUGGCUGCUCGUGCCAAGCUUCGAGCCUGGAAUGAUGUUGAUGCCCUCUUCACCACAAAGAACUGGUUGGGUUACACCAAGAAGAGAGCACCCAUUGGCUUCCAUCGAGUCGUGGAAAUUUUGCACAAGAACAGUGCCCCCGUCCAGAUACUGCAGGACUAUGUCAAUCUGGUGGAAGAUGUGGACACAAAGCUGAACUUAGCCACUAAGCUCAAGUGCCAUGAUGUUGUUAUUGAUACCUGCCGCGACCUGAGGGACCGCCAGCAGUUGCUUGCCUACAGGAGCAAAGUGGAUAAAGGAUCUGUUGAGGAAGAGAAGAUUGAUGCUGUCCUCAGCAGUUCGCAAAUUCGGUGGAAGAACUGAGGGUCGCUGGCUGUCCGGAAACCUGCCUCACUUCCUACUUCUCUGCCUGUGAAGAUAGAGCGCUCUCUCCUUGGGGGAGUCCCAGCAUUCACUUGCAGGCAGGGCCUGCCGCUUUGGGGACAGAGACCAGCAUCUGAGCCCAUGAACUUGAGGCUGGUCUGUCCCAGGGAUGUUAUCUAAAGGCCAGUACCUAAGGCUUUGACUCACAGCAAAGACGCUCUGCACCCGGUGCUGUGGAGAGGCGGGAGCCAGCCCAUCCUGGCUAAGAUGUCUUGGUCAGAGAAGUGACUGCCCCAGAAGGACAUCUGAACCAAGAGCUACAGUGUCACAGGGCGGUCAAGACACUCCCUCUCAGCCAUUCUGACCCAGGACCUGUGUGAGACAUCGGCAUUUCUGCUCUAAAGGAAGUCAGAACUAAAUGGACUCUUCAGGAGCCUCAGGAAGGAAUACGAGUAUUGCUCAGGACCUGCUGGAAACCAGACUCAAAUUCUCAAGCACAGGGCCACCCAUCUUAUGACAGACGCUUCCUAGACGUGGUAUCUUCAGCCAGUGUCCAUCCGCUGUCCUUUUGUUCAUAACUUAGGGUCCCGCUCUCCCCUCACACUGUCCGGGUGGUGUGUCAUCUGCUUCCCCUGUCCCCUCCUUCGGUCUUGGAUGCAGUCUUACAUGGGAUUCGGAUCCACCGGUGCUGGAGCACUCGUCUUUUAUGCAGACGUCACUUCACCAGAAGCAGCCACAAGUCUCACCUGAGCUAAUGUGGCAGAACUUCACCCGGCUAUCUCAACAGAGGUUUUGUUCCCCACUUGGCCUGCUGGAGACCUCAGCAGUGUUAGGUUCUGCCCUGUGCCUCCCUGAACUGGAUUUCCCUGACAUGCCUGCACUCCUAAUAAAACUGUUGCAGUCUUGGUGCCCUCUC